AUGGAGAAGAAGAUACAAGCACUUCAGGAUGAAGUUGGCAGGAUUACCAAGCAUGUUCCCAUACAUACUCGACACGAAGCGCCUGCCACAGCAGCAAGCGAUAUGGCUUAUCAAGAUUCUCAGCACUCCACAGAAGAGCGUCUUCAAGCAGAAAGCCCGUGGAACAUUCAUCUAAACGCGAAGUCCAGUGCCGGUGCCGUUCCAGGGUCUUAUAUUACUCAGACAUCGACACCGAAGCCUUCAGUUACCCAACAAGAUCUGAUAUCAAAAGGCAUAAUCAGUGCCGACAGUGCAAUGCGAUAUUUUGAAAAGUAUCAUGAAUGCACCGUGACUUUUGAGAGUACGCGCGAGGCAUCACCACUCCUGAUUGCUGCAGUGUGUACAAUCGGCGCUCUACAUUCGCCGUCCAGGGAAGAUGACUUCAGUACAUGCCGGAGUGAAUUCAUUGCCUUAAGUGAAAAGGUCGCCUUAACUCAAACUAGCAAUGUCGCGGACGUACGGGCACUCUGCAUUGGUACAUUCUGGCUUCCUGACUUGUCUUGGUCGCUAGCUGCUGCUGCCGGACGUAUAGCGACUGAAUUACAGCUCCAUAAAAGCUUUUACAAAGCUGUACACGGCGACCAAGAACAUUAUCUACGUGCUCGCCUUUACUACCAUGUGUACGUCUGUGAUCAUCAUGCGUCUAUCCCUUUUGGAAGACCUCCAAUGACUCGUGAAUGUGAGGCUAUCCGAGAAGCAAGGAAGUUCCUGGACUGUGACUACGCCAUUGAAGAUGAUGCACGCCUUGUGAGCCAAGUAUGUCGCUGGAGCGUCCUUUCUAAUAUAUACGACACAUUCGGUAUCGACGUUGACCGGCCACUGUCAGAUAAUGAAGUCUCCUCCCUACGAAGACUUAACUUUGCGCUUGAUAGUCUUCGAGCUGAGUGGAUCGAUAGGUUUGCUCCGAAUGAUCAUGUUGGUAACUAUCCUCGUAAAGGUGUCAGUUUGCAGUAUCACUUUGCCAAACUAUAUCUUUGCUCUCAUGCUUUUCGGGGAGCGGGCUCGCAAGUAUUUCCGUUGAGAUCACAAGAGGCGACUAUAGAGUUGGACGAGGUAGCCAAUAGUGCCGUGGUAUCGGCUCUAUCUAUAUUACGAUCUGUGCUUGCAGACGUCGAGAUACACUCCUUCCUUGACGGCUUACCGACCUAUUUUCAUGUGAUGAUAACCUUCGCUGUGGUAUUCCUGUUGAAGGUCUCGUUCAAGCCUUCAUCAUACAUACGGCUUGGUGUGCAAGAAGUAAAACACCUGGUAGAAGAUACUGGCAGCAUAUUGAAACGAAUAACCUCAACCAUGCAUUCACGUCACUUGUUUGUGAGCAUUGCCAAGGGCAUUGGGAAUCUCCUACAACAAUUUAGUCAAAAUGAGGAGCAAUCUCAUCUUAUUGCAAAUACCGCUAUUUCCGAAACUGAUGCACAAGUACCUGAAACAGACGUCUGGAACGGUGACUUUGCAUUUGACCCGUAUUUUCUGGGCGACUACGAUUUUUAUACUGAUCAGUUUACGGAUAUUGGUCUUAGUUUUCUGCUUGAUAACGUCGGACUUCCAGGUUAACUGCUAGUGCUUAGAAUGAUAUACUUCACAGUCAUGUCGAUAAAUUCCCAGGAAAUCUAUCAUAUUCAGCCAC